AUGGAUAGAGCGUUCUCUGUGGAUGAGAUAGCGGACCAGUUCUGGUCGCCGCAGCCGCCGUCGAUUCGGCUGGAUUUGGAAGAGAAGGAUGAGGAGGAGCACUCGUCGUCCUCCGCCACAGCUGCCUCGUCCUCGUCGAAGGCGAUGAAGAUGAACCGGAGCUCAUCAGAAUGGGCAUUUCAGCGCUUCCUACAGGAAGCUGCCGCUCCUGAUCAUUCCCCUGCAUCAUCUAUGCAUCCCCAAAACGCCGACGUUGUGGAGAUCGAAGACAAUAAUCAGCAUCAGCAUCGGAAGAUGGUGGCGGCGGCGGCGGCGGCUGCGGGCUCUUUACAGCCUGCUAUUCCGGUGAAUUCUGAUGAGUACCAGGCCUUCCUUAAAAGCCAACUCGAGUUGGCUUGUGCAGCUGUCGCGUUUACCCGGUCAGCUAAUGUAAAGGAUCAAGAUUCAGCAGUUGCGACUCCUGAUAACAGGAUGCAGGCCUCUAAUUUAUUGCAGCCGGGGCCUCAGGUUCCUCAGAAAGCUGGACUGGGUUUAUCGAAAGGCCAAGAUAAGGACACUAAUGUACCAAUUGGUGUACCUUCCCUGCCUGCAGUGCCGAGAAAACCUGUGACCCAGGUGAAGUCAAUAACAAGUGGAUCAUCUGGGGACCAGUCAGAUGAUGAUGAAGCUGAGGGAGACACAGAAACAACUGAGAAUAUGGAUCCUACAGACACAAAACGCAUGAGGAGAAUGGUUUCAAAUAGAGAAUCUGCUAGACGCUCGAGAAGAAGAAAGCAAGCCCAUUUGACCGAGAUCGAAACACAGGUCUCUCAACUAAACGGGGAAAACUCUUCUUUACAAAAGCGCCUCUCUCACAUAAACAAUAAGUACAAUGAAGCAGCCGUUGAUAAUAGAGUUCUGAAGGCUGACGUUGAGACACUGAGAGCAAAGGUGAAAAUGGCAGAAGAAACUGUUAAAAGGGUUACCGGAUUGAACCCGCUUUUCCAAGCCAUGUCUGAAAUAUCCACGAUCGGUAUGCCAUCUUUUGGUGUUAGUUCUGAUGCAUUAGCAGAUGCGGCUGCACCAGUACAAGAUGUCCCAAACCAGCAUUACUAUCAAGCUCCUACUAACCACAUGCCGAUAAGUGAUCAUAUGAUCCAAAACAGUUUGGUAAAUAUUCCUCCGGUGGAUAACAUAAAUCAGAAUUCAGCAACAGAAGAAGUCGGGGGGGACGAGGUAGGAGGAACUGUUUCUAUGCAGCAAGCGGCUAGCUUGGAACAUCUGCAGAAGCGAAUCCAUGGUGGGUUAAGACACCAGUAA